AUGGGAGCAGUGAGUUGUCGGCAAGGGCAACACACUCAGGUGGCUGCUUCUCACAAGCAGGGUGGCAACCUCCAGGGCUCCUGGGCCAGAGCCUGGAAGAGCCUCUGGUCAGGUCUGGGGACCAUCAGGUCAGGUCUGGAAGAGCUGUGGGAGCUACGGGGUCAUCAGUGCCUGCACCAGGAGCCCCUAGAGCCAGCCCCACUGCUGUCUGAGUGGCCAGUGCCUCAGUUCAUCAGCCUCUUUCUACCGGAGUUUCCCCUUAGGCCCAUUAGGGGGCAGCAGCAGCUGAAGAUUUUAGGCCUUGUGGCUAAAGGCUCCUUUGGAACUGUCCUCAAGGUGCUAGAUUGUGCCCAGGAAGCUGUAUUUGCAGUGAAGGUGCUACCCAAGGUAAAGGUCCUACAAAUGGACACCCUAAGGCAGUGCAAAGAGGAGGUUAGCAUCCAGCGACAGAUCAACCAUCCUUUUGUACACAGCUUGGGGGACAGCUGGCAGGGAAAACGGCACCUCUUCAUUAACUUCUGGUGCUUUGCAGUGUGUAACUACUGCAGCACAGAUCUGUACUCCUUGUGGUCUGCUGUUGGCUGUUUUCCUGAGGCUUCCGUCCGUCUCUUUGCUGCUGAGCUGGUCCUGGUGCUAUGCUAUCUCCAUGACUUGGGCAUCAUCCAUCGAGAUGUGAAGAUGGAGAAUAUCCUCCUGGAUGAACGAGGCCAUCUGAAACUGACAGAUUUUGGUUUGUCCCGCCACCUUCCCCAGGGAGCCAGAGCCUAUACUAUUUGUGGUACUCUUCAGUACAUGGCCCCAGAGGUCCUGAGUGGAGGGCCUUACAACCAUGCUGCCGAUUGGUGGUCCUUGGGUGUUUUGCUUUUCUCUCUGGCAACUGGAAAGUUCCCAGUGGCUGCAAAGAAAGAUCAUGUGGCCAUGUUAGCAAGUGUGACCCACUGUGACUCUGAGAUCCCAGCUUCUCUUAACCAGGGGCUCUCACUCCUGCUCCAUGAGCUUUUAUGCCAGAAUCCUCUCCACCGUCUCCGUUAUCUGCAUCACUUCCAAGUCCACCCUUUCUUUCGGGGUGUGGCCUUUGACCCAGAGAUCCUACAGAAGCAACCAGUGAACUUUGUCAUGGAGGCACAAGCUACCCAGCCCAGUCCAUCGGAGUCUAUGUUCUUCAAGGACUUUGACUGUGAUCUGGAGUCCUUCCUGGUCCACCCCAUCCCUGAUUGAGCCUCUCUGUUUUAGAUUGGGGCCCAGCUGGGAACCUGAGGAUAUCCUCCACUGUCAACUCAGUAUGACCACCUUGAUGAGCCAGUGUGUUUUUACUGUGUAGCCCCUUACCAUUCUGUUCUUCUAGGUGUUGGACCAAAGCUCCAAUUUUGGGCAUUCUCCUACUGGCAGCCACAACUGGCCUUAGCCCUUCCCCAUCGUACAACCCACCUCUCAAUUCAACAUCUCAGAUCAGGGUGGUGACCUUUUCCUUUCCUUCACUUCUCAAGUUGUCAGCCAGAGGCUUCUUCCACUUUUCCCUCUUCUUGUUUCUCUGUCAUGUUUCCUUUCUUGGGCAAUAAUGACAUUUCAUGGGCUCCCAGUGUGCUACUUAUAUGUUUAGUAGGCUUGUCAGAAGCAAUAUGAAUGCUUUUCAAAGGUCUCAAAAGCUGGCAUUUCAACUCCUAAAUACACAGCUAAAAAGUAUGAUCUGGGGUCUCAAGGUCAGUCUGCAAUAAAUCUAAUUUUUAAAACUGAAAAGUGAAUCUAACAGCCUAAUGUAAGAAAAUAUGAGUAGAAACUGAAACAUGACUGGGUUAAAUAUCUUCUCUAGGAGUAACUGGAACAGCUAUCACAUCUUUUCCAAAACAAAACAUCUUCGAAACACAUAAGGAUUAUUAAACUGGUAAUUUUCCUUAGACAGCCCAGGAUUCACUUUCUGAUGGGCAAACCAGGGAUUAAGAGGUAUGAUGUCAACCUUAAGAUUUAAGGUUAGAGAUGUAUCUCAAGAACCUUUUCCUUUAGUAAGGAAUAUCAUGUGGACGUUAUGACGUCUUCAUUUUUCUUUUUUUUUUAAAAAAAGAUGACUGGUGAGG